AUGAUUAGAGCAUUGAACGAUGAAGGACAAAAUUGGAGUGCCGGGCAGAGACAGUUGUUUUGCCAAGGAAGAGUUUUAUUGAAGCGGAACAAGAUCUUAGUGCUCGAUGAAGCGACAGCAUCCACUGAAUCCGCAACUGAUGCUGUCCUGCAGAAUAUAAUCAGACAGAAUUUCUCUCAGUGUACCGUUAUAACUUUGGCACAUAGAGUUCCAACUGUUACAGACAGCCACAUGGUCAUGGUCCUUUCCUUUGGGAGACUAUUGGAGUAUGACGAGCCAACAAAGCUUAUGCAGACAAACUCUUCAUUAGCUAAACUGGUAGCAGAGUAUUGGUCUAGCAGCACAAGAAAUGCUGGCAGUGCAGAGAUACCUGCAUCAGCAAAAUUAUAA